GCUUUCCCUUCCGUGUUCUGCGCUAAAACAACUCGACUACGCGUUUUCACCUUUUUUUUCUCACCCGCUGACUGUUACUCUAGUACUCCGUAAUCAGUAGAGGAUCUUACCGUUCCACUCCACAGCUUCUUACAUCGUUCCACCUUCUCCAAACGUUCCCAGCACUCCAUUGCUUUACAAACUGUAUCUUUCUUAAGGCAAGCAGUACCCAACACGAAUGGCUGACUCAGCGAACCGUGACCCCGUGGACUACGCGUCGACCAACUCCUCCGUUGUGGGGGCAGCGUACCCCCAAACGGCGCCGAUCCCCUCCUCCCAGAAUGCCGCAGCGGAGCACCCGACAGCCCACUCCCACACCGUCGAGGACCCUCUGUCCAAUAGCACAGGAGCACCCGUGACGGCGAAGAAAACGUCCUCGGUGUACCGCAUUCCUGGGAGCCCUACGGCAAUGCACCCGCACCGCGACGAACCGAACCAGCACCCUAACCCAGCCCCUGCACCGCCCUCCAAGCCGGGGGAGAGCAACGCGCCACCAUGCACGUCGUGGGCAACGCGGAACGCCGUAGCAAACUCGACCACGUCGAGCGUGGGACGCGGUCGUGAGUCUGGGGCACGUGCGGAGAGUGAAGGCCUCCCGCCGCCUGCCACGCAGUCCUCCAUGCACCGACGCCGCGAGGUGAGUCAGACACCGGAGGAGCGGCGCCUCGGCAGCGGAUCGCGCGCGUCUGCGCGAACCUGGUCGGAGAGCCGCACGGCGCGCGCCAAGAGCGAACCAGCGACGGCGCCGCCUUUUCAGCUGCUAUCGGCCGGCCGCCCCGUGCCACAGCUGCCGCGGGAGUUGGAGGAGGCCAUCACGGCGUACUACAUGAGCCAGCUGCGUCAGCUCUCCGUGGCGGACCAGGAGCGCAUCGUCUACGCCAUGGAGGAACCGAGGGAUGUGAAGGCGGUGAUGACGUGCUUGAAGCAGCAGGAUCAGGUCGGCAACGCUGCGUUUGGAACUGCAGCGGUUCCACCAACUGGCUCGGUGCACGCGACGCCUGUGCGGUCGCGCGGCAAUGGCGUUCCGGCCCACCCUCUCCCUAAGAACGCACCACAAUAUGCUGCCAAGACAUCGAGCCGCCGCCGCACCUUGCCGGAGUUCCACGUCGAGCCCCACCCCCCGCUGCCGCCGGGCCUCACGCGCGAGCAGCAGACGGCGGCGGUGCGUUUCCGGCAUCACUUCACGGUCGAGGCCUGUGCCGCCUUCUUGGAUGAUGCAUUGGAUGUGUGCCUUGCGCGCCGCACGCGGUUCUACCAGGAGCAGCCGAGGAUUGCAAAAGAGGAAGGCAUUGUGUUGCCGGAAGAGCAGCUGACGCCUCUCUACAUCCAGUCCGUGAGCUCGCUGCUGUACAACAUGACUGGAUGGACGCAGCCAGAGGCCCACACGCAGUCGCGGUUGGUGGUGGGCAUUGUGCACAACUGGAUGCCAGUUGUGGUGGCGCACCCCCCCGCUCAGCAGGACUCAGCGAAUGAGCCGCAAGCCGCGACCGCGCCGGCUUCACAGGCGAAACGUCCACCCGUUCCGAUGGCGCCUCGUUCCAACGCUCCGCAGCCUGUUGAGGCAGCGUAA